AUGGAGAGGGCCAUUGCUGCUCGGCCUUCGUCCGUCUUGCUGGAAGGCCUAGUCAAUCACCUUACGUUGCCCCCGCGUCUUCCGGGAAAACGAGAAGAGAAUCUCAUUCAAAUCGAGCAAGAGCUUCUCCUCCGCCUGCAGGACGCGGCACGCGCCCUACACCAACAGUCAAAUGACGGUUUGAGUGAUAUUUGGGAUCGUGUGCGUUAUAUUCUCGAAAUUUGUAAAACUACAAAUGCUCGCGGAAAGUUGGACAAGGCGCGGCUGUCUACCGAAUUUCAAACGCUCCGACUCGACAUCCCUCUGAUUUUACAUAUUGCAGAACAGAACGCGGGGCUUCUUGUUUGGCGUCAGCUUUCUGGUCAGGACGAUGUCGUUGUUUUCGAAUGCUUUGAAGCUUCCGCUAUCUCAGAGAAAGUACUUGCUUCCGAAAAUGCGUUGUUGUGGGAUUUCCCCGGGGAAGCUAUCGCUAUUCCAUAUGCGAAAUUUGCCAAUGCUGGAUUCCAAGAGAGCCUCGCUAGUUUUUUGGAGCAGGCCAGCACCGAGUCCAUUAAACGCUUUGCUGCUCGCGCCGCAAAAGCUGGUUCGUCUCUUGCCGAAUACCGAGACACUGUAGACCCGUCUAUCAUUAGCCAAAUGCUGAUGACUUUACUUGAAGCGAAUGGAGUUCGCGUUUUCCCUACAUUGUUAAGGAAACGGGUGCGCGACGAUGUUUGUUGGGCUGUUGGGGCAGAAAAGCCUUGGAGACGUUCUGCAUUCUGGCUCGUGGUUCGAAUUGGCAUUGAACGAUAUUUAUGCUCAGCUUGUGGUGAUGCAGUCAAAGUGGUCCUGAGUGAAGGGAAAGAAGGAGGUUGCAAUGGCGAAAAAGGCAGGGCUCACUACAAGUUUCUGCUUUGUGCCCUACUCUCCGACCUUUUACAGGACUCACUCGGUCAUAUCGCCCCGGAACUGUUGGAACUCUUGAAGCGAAAAUUAGCCCGGCGACUUUCGAAGCUACAGACGGACCAAAAUAAGGCUCCUGCCGAUGUUAAGCCUUUCUAUUCGAAAAUGUUCUCUGAUAUCUCCCCGAAAUUCCACGCAUCCAUUCGAAACGCGGUCGAACAUCUUGAAAAUGUCUGGUCGGAUAUCAAAGUUCGUACCAAGCGACCAAUCCCGAAUCUUCCACAUGUUGCAGACAAGAAGUCAUGCAUUCUGUCGCUUCCGAACAGUGCCAAAUAUCUGGAGCAAACAAUAUCGUAUCAUAAAAUGUGGCAUAACUCCUCAGCGCAUGAUCACCAGGCUAAAAUUUUUCAUAAAUUUGAAGUACCUGGGGACAAUCGCUUUAGAACUUUUGCUUCCCGUUAUUAUCGACUGACAGACCUUGAAGCGUCGAAUGCCGAGUUAUGUCUCAUGAGGCUCGAACAAAAGGAUGCGCAAAGUUCUCACUGCACUAAACUUGCGGCAAGAAUUGAAGAAUACCUCAAUACGGUGUCUGACGCCUAUAACAACAGCCCCGAACAGAAGAGUAACAUGAUACUUAGUGUUAUGAAGCUUUGGGUUGCCCUUGAUCAGUGUGCGACUGCUUUGUUUGGCUUACUGAACGAUUUCCAUCCUGGAAUAAGGCCUGAAAGCUUAGAUGUCUUACAGCUACCUACGCUGUCGGAAAUGAUACAUCUUCAAAGUGUACAGGAGUAUCUCCGGGGACGGUGCGAGAAAUCCUCUUACAUGACAAUCUUUGACGACCCCGUAAGUGGUUGUUUCGCUGAGAGGUACUAUGAUGAUUCGACGGAUUCCCAGAAACUGCAAGAACUUCACUUGGAAAUUGAGAUGAAUGCUCAGGCGGCCCUCCAACGAAAGGAAAUUGAAUGGCAGGAGUUAACUGCUGAAUUUGAAAAACUGGAGAAGGAUAUCGCAACCAGUAAAUGUGCGGUUAUGACAGAUGUUAAUGGGGCAAUCCUCCACGAUGACAAACGUUGCCGAAAAUGCUAUCUUCAGCGUUGCUCUAGGCGCAUGAAAAUUCGGGCCCAUGAAGAUCCACUUCCGAACAAGGCUUCCGAAGCAAAAGCUGUUAUAUUUGAGCUAGCCUGUCCCGGUUCUUUCAAAGCCUAUCGGAACGCAACAUGGACAUUACUUUGCACCCUUGCACUCCCGGAUCGAGCACCAGCGCCUGAGCCAAAAUUGUUACUUAGCGAGUAUUCUGAACUUCAAGGACAUACGAGCCAGGUCUCUAGAGACGUUUGCCUGGCAUCUCCGACGAAAUCAUUUCUAUUAACGCACUACAGUGAACUUCGUUUCCCGGUUGACUUCGAUGCGGUUUGCCAUCCAAAUGGGUUAAAGCUUGCAUAUUUUGAUACCUCAUCUAAGCUUUGGACCAGCAUGCAAUUUCGUAAAUCGACUUUUGACCACCAUUUUCAAAUGAAAUUACCACCCAAUUCGCCUUUUGCUUCUAUGGGGUUUUCUGUUGGUUCUACCAGUCCAUCUUCCUAUGAGGUUAUCGCAAGUCAAACGCAGUGUCCUCCAAGAUUGAAUAUCCAUGAAUUCAUGGCAUACAAGAGCCUUUUUUCUGGCAAUACCAGGCGGUGGCCUGCAAUCCUUGUUGAACUUGGCUCUGCGAACUUGAAUCUAAGCUCUGAGGCCACCACUUCUCUUAUCUCUCAACUAGCUGUCCAAGCAGGUUCUGCUGAUGAGAGAGAUCACCUUCGCACGGCCCACAAGAUUUUCCGUGAUAUGUCAUUUUGUUGUCGACUAAUGGAGCAAGUAUCUCAGCGACUGGAUAACAUAGCUUCGAAUUGGAGGGAAGUCCAUUGUAUGGACAUGCUCCUAACGCUUAUUCUUAGACUUUGCGCCCUUGCCCCCCGUUCUCUACAUCGGAGAACUAUAAAUCUGCUUGGCAUAUCUAAGUCAAUUCUCUUAAAAUGGAUUGUACAACUUCGAAAUGAAGUACAUCAAUCGACAGAUGCUGCUGCCGCGGAACGGUUCGCUGGUUACUCUUUCUGGGCAGCAUUGCUUUAUAGGAGGACCUUUUCUGUUUACUGUGAAUCUUUCGAAUCCCGUCCAUUAGGGGAGGAUCAGCUCCGUUACUUCAUUGAAGCUUCUAUCACAAUGCAAGACAACGCUCCAAGCAAUCUCGACGAUUUACCGCUGCUGACAAGGAAUGCCCUUAUCAGGGAUCUAAAAUUGGCACAUAAAAUGAGAUCUUUGCUUCGGGAGUCACUCAUGGAAACGCCGGGGGCAUUUUACUCGGCAAUUGACGCCCUCUGGCCACAACCUGAAGGCGCUACCCCUCGGCAGUAUUCUGAUCUUGAACACUUAGACAAUCCUCACGGAUGGGUGCGUGUAAUAGUCCCUCCCUCAGAAAUUUCAAGACAACAAGCGAUAUACUAUCAUCUACUCGAAGGUCAUUUGAUAGUGGAUGGUCAACCCCUUGGUAAAUUACCUGCUAAGCACAGAGACUCCCCCGUGCUCGAGCAGUUGUUUGGCAAACAAAGGCUGCUCUUUUAUCCAUCUCCAAUUAUUGGAAUGACGUAUAAACUCGCAUUUUUGAUGGAAGGACAUGAGAUUCACCUCGGCUUUCGUGACGGACAACCCAUAGUUCAAGCACGGAUACGAAAAGCCAUUCUUGAAUUCAUACCGCCCGAUAUCUUUGGAGAUCCGAAAAAUUUUGAUUUACCCGGUUCACUUGUGAUUGGCUGCGUCCACUGGCUAGACUUGAAGACUGGCGUGAUGGAAAUAAGAAGACGACCAGAUAUAUGGAAAUCAAAAUCGAGCAAUUGGCGCCUUGAUACCGUCGCUCGUGAAGCAUGGCGGAAUCGAAAACCCUGGAGCCCGGGUAGCGUACUUAUCGACCCUCACAGCCGGUUGUUCAAACUCAUCGCCCGGAUAUUUGACCAUUUUGAAUACCGCACCGGUUUGACUGUGUUUCAGCCACCGCGUUGGAAACUAUCGGUUGAACUGCGGCGCCUAGAGUUGUCUUUUUAUGUUAAUACCAGCGGUUUACUCCACUGUCGAGAACUACAAGCGGAGGUGGACCCCAAUCAGGAUGCCGGAACGUGGUACGGUUUAGAAAGUAAACUCAUCCUCCGCUGUGUCUUCAAUCCUUCGCGUCGCUCCAUUCUCGUCCCCAUGGGAAAAGUGCAAGCCACGCGCGACGGUUAUCUUGUCAGUCUCAGAGUCGAAAAUGAAGGGAACUACGGUAGGUUCACCAUCAAUAGCGUGCUGGGGCGACUUGACUGCCCAGCUGAGCCUUUGCUGCUGUACCAGAAGGCGCAAUUUCAUGCUUACACCUCUUUUGCCCUACCUGACCCUCUUACCGGGCGUACUGGCACAGAAGAGGCAAUUCACUGCCUACGUUCGGCUUUCUGUCAGCCAUGGACUACCCUAAAUGCAGGCCCGAUCAGCACUUUGGAAGCCAUUUCAAAACUGAUUCCAAAACGAGUUUACUACCCAAGCGGCUUAAAAACUAUGCAGCAGGUGACUUGGGAUCCAAAUUUGACAGUAUCGAUGCAGCACGACGGAUUCUGGCCUGUCAUCGAAGGCAUUAUCGAAAAGGCAAAGACUCUUGUAUCCUUUUCGCUUAAAGGAGAAGUUGAUAUGCUUAAUUUAGAAUUUCCAGGAGACCCCUUUUUGUUGAAACGCGCAUACUGGAGACGGAAUUUGUAUCAACGCGCUGAUUCUGGCUUCCCGCAGCUGAAUCCACCAGCGGAUUUACAGUACGAAGCACGGCAUCGAUUUACCAAAAGUAUUGCCCGUUUGAAUGUUUUUGAGACUGUUACCUUGAUUAAAAAUUGGUCGCCGGAUAUGUGUGCACCGAUUGAUUUGGCUACUACUUUUGAGAAAUGGCCAAACAUCGGAGGCUUUUCCGCAACAUUUGAUAAGGUCCUGCUCUCGGACCUACUUGAUAUUCAAUUCGACACACUUUGGGGAUCUCUCGUUGAUCUCUGUCGCAAGGCUAGCCCAGAAGAAACAUAUCGCCUAAUGUUUGUAUUUGGCACAGUGUCGUUUAGGGCGGAUGUUGAUACGGAUCUUAUUCGAACACUGCUAGCGUUUGCGAUCAUUGAGAGUCUGAAAAAUCUCGAACCUCCGCAGUGGCCGUCUUACAUGAAUUUCCGCUUCAGGCAGCUUCCAACCGUGCCUUAUCUCAAGGAGUUGAUUAAACACUGUUGUGUGAAGUAUGAAGGAGACGAACGCAGCCUUUUCAAUGUUAGCUAUAAAACACGGCGCAAACUCCAGGCAAACCAGCAAGCACAUGAGUCUCAGGUUGAGAAUGACUGCACAUUUCUUACCCGAACUUCUCAUUGCACAAUGGCCUUGCCCUGA